AUGGGGCCUACCCUAGCGUUUCCCACCCCAUUCGGCUGUAUUGGCUGCAAGCUGCCUCAGCCAGACUACCCACCGGCUCUAAUCACCUUCAUGUUCUGCGCAAUGGUUAUUACCAUUGUCGUAGACCUGAUCGGCAACUCCAUGGUCAUUUUGGCUGUGACAAGGAACAAGAAGCUCCGAAAUUCCGGCAACAUUUUUGUCGUCAGCCUCUCUGCAGCCGAUAUACUGGUGGCCAUCUACCCCUAUCCUCUCAUGCUGCACACCAUGUCCAUUGGAGGAUGGGAUCUGAGCCAGUUCCAGUGCCAGAUGGUCGGGUUCAUCACAGGGCUGAGUGUGGUCGGUUCCAUCUUCAAUAUCCUGGCCAUCGCCAUCAACCGGUACUGCUACAUCUGCCAUAGCCUCCAAUAUGAACGCAUCUUCAGCAUGCGCAACACCUGUAUCUACCUGGUGGUCACCUGGAUCAUGACUGUCCUGGCUGUGCUGCCCAACAUGUACAUCGGCACCAUUGAGUAUGAUCCUCGCACCUACACCUGCAUCUUCAACUACCUGGACAACCCUGUCUUUGUCGUGACCAUCGUCUGCAUCCACUUCGUCUUCCCUCUCCUCCUAGUGGGUUUCUGCUACACAAGAAUCUGGACCAGAGUGCUGGCGGCCCGUGACCCGGCUGGACAGAAUCCCGACAACCAACUUGCUGAGGUUCGCAAUUUUCUAACCAUGUUUGUGAUUUUCCUCCUCUUUGCAAUGUGCUGGUGCCCAAUCAAUGUGCUCACUGUCUUGGUAGCUCUCAGUCCGAAGGACAUGGCAAGCAAGAUCCCCAAUUGGCUUUAUCUUGCAGCCUACUUCAUAGCCUACUUCAACAGCUGCCUCAAUGCUGUGAUCUAUGGGCUCCUCAAUGAGAACUUCCGACGCGAAUACUGGACCAUCUUCCACGCUAUAAGGCACCCUAUCCUGUUCCUCUCUGGCCUCAUCACCGAUAUCCGUGAGAUGCAGGAGGCUCGUGCCAUGGCUCGAGCCCGUGCCCGCGCCCGUGCCCGUGCCCAAGCCCAUGAACAAGCCCAUGAGCAAGAGAGUGCCCUUGCCUGUCCUGCUGUGGAGGGAACCCCGAUGGGUGUCCGGAAUGUUCUACUACCUGGUGGUGCUGCAGCUGGCCACCUCGACCAUGCCUCUGGCCACCCCAAGUCCCGUUCCAGGUCCGCCUCUGCAUACCGUAAGCCUGCCUCUAGCCACUACAAGUCUGUCCCUAGGCACUCCAAGGCUGCCUCUGGCCGCUCCAAGUCUUCCACAAUCUACCCUAAGCCUGCCUUGGUCCACUUCAAGGCUGAUUCUGUCCAUUUCAAGCCUGCCUCUGUCCAUUUCAAGCCCACUUGCAGUCACCCUAAGCCUGUUGCUGGUCUCCACCGCUCUGUUGGCAAGCCUGCUCUCAGCCCUGCCGCCAGGCACUCUACACCUCCCACUGGCCACAUCAGGCCUGCUGCCAGGCAUCCUGAGCCUACUGCUGCCGGCUAUCUGGAUCCUGUUGUCUCUGACCACCCUGAGCCUGCCACUAGCAGCCAUGCUGAGCCCACUGCUGUUGGCCACUCUGAGUUCUCUGCCUCCCAAUACCUGGAGACCACCACCUCCAGUCACCUGGAGUCUGAUGUCAGUGACCUCUCUGAGCCUGCUUCCAGUCCCACCACUGGGUCCCCCAAGCCUAAGGCCAGCCAGCUGGAGUCUGCUGCUGCCCUUCCUGACCCUACUGUAGUCGCCACUGCCACCAACGAUUCCCAUGAGGUUGUGGUUAUUGAUGUUGAAAAUGAUUCUUAUGAAAUGGCUGUGUGA